UCCACCAUUCCCUUUCCCUCCUUUCCUUCUUCACAAAACAUCAAAAUCAGAAAACGAUAUAAAUAUAUAAUCGCCAACACACGAGUCACGAGACGAGUGGCUCGCAAUCUACUUCUUCAUUCUCCGUUUUCCGAUGCCAAUUCUCCUUCCUUCUCCCUCUUCCCUCCCUUCUUUUCCCGCCACAUCCAAACCCCAAAUCCUCCGCCGCCAAUCGCCGCCACUUUCCUCCUUCUCUCUCCGCCGCCGGCCGCUUUUCCGGCCACAAUAUGCCGGCCGAGAAGUCGACGCCUUCACGGAGAAGUCCGGCUACCUCUUCGACCUCGGCGUCUCCGAGGCCGACUCCUUGGCGGUGUACGACGUCGCCAGAAUCGCCACCAUCUUCAGACGUCGGCCCUUCCUCGUCGCUCGCCGGCUCUUCCAGAUCGGCGCCACCUUCGGCAAGUGGUUCGCGCUUCGCUACGUCGAUGGCCUCAUGGACCGCUCCGACCAGAUGUUUGAGGUUAGAGCUGCAGAGCUUCGUAAAAUAUUGGUUGAACUGGGUCCGGCGUAUGUCAAAAUUGCUCAGGCAAUCUCAUCACGAGCCGAUUUGAUACCGCCCUCAUAUUUGGACGAGCUUUCACUGUUGCAAGAUCGAAUAUCUCCCUUCUCUACUGAAGUUGCUCUCGAUACAAUAGAGCAAGAACUUGGUUUACCAAUGGACAUGAUCUUUUCAGAGAUUUCACCAGAGCCUAUAGCUGCAGCAUCCCUAGGGCAGGUCUAUCAAGCUAGGCUUCGACGUAAGGGACAGCUUGUUGCAGUCAAAGUGCAAAGACCUGGAGUACAAGCUGCUAUUUCUCUGGAUAUAUUUAUAUUGCGUGUCCUAGCAGGAUUAGUUAAGAGAGCUAGAAAAUUGAACACCGAUCUUCAGGCAGUUGUUGACGAAUGGGCAUCAAGUCUUUUUCGGGAGAUGGACUACAGGCUAGAAGCAAAAAAUGGCCGCAAGUUUAAGCAGCUGUAUGGCAGUCUACCUGAUGUUUUGGUUCCAGAAAUGUACCUGGAGCAGACAACUCGCCGGGUCCUUGUUAUGGAGUGGGUGGAGGGGCAAAAGCUGUCAGAAGUGAAGAAUCUUUAUCUGAUUGAGGUAGGAGUCUAUUGCUCAUUUAAUCAACUUCUGGAGUAUGGCUUCUACCAUGCAGAUCCACACCCUGGAAAUCUUCUCCGAACAUAUGAUGGGAAACUUGCCUAUAUAGACUUUGGCAUGAUGGGCGAAUUUAAGCAAGAACUCCGUGAUGGAUUCAUUGAAGCUUGCCUCCAUCUUGUAAACCGCGACUUUGAUGCAUUGGCUAAGGACUUCGUCACACUAGGGCUUCUUCCACCAACGGCAGACAAAGAGGCUGUAACGAACGCUUUAACAGGUGUUUUCCAAAAUGCUGUUGCCAAAGGAGUUCGUAAUAUCAGCUUUGGAGACCUCUUAGGGAACUUAGGAGUCACCAUGUAUAAGUUCAAAUUUAGAAUUCCUUCAUAUUUUUCUCUUGUCAUUCGAAGUCUUGCUGUGUUGGAGGGAAUUGCCAUCAGUUUUAAUCCAGAUUAUAAAGUUUUGGGUAGUACAUACCCAUGGAUUGCUAGAAAGGUACUGACUGAUAGUUCACCCAAGCUAAAGUCGUCACUGCAAUCACUUCUUUACGAGGAAGGUGUUUUUAGAAUUGAUCGUUUGGAGUCUCUGCUAACAGAGUCCCUUCGUGCCAGAACAGAAAAGGCCUUGGUUCAAAAACAAGGAGAAGCUGCUAAUUCCAGGGCAGUUAUCAAGCAAGUACUUUCUUUGAUGUUAACCGAAAAGGGUGCCUUUGUGAGGGAUAUACUUCUUCAAGAAUUUGCCAAGGGAUUGGAUGCUCUUGGGCUAGCUAUAUCUUCUGCAGCAACUUCAAACUUUCCUUUUGGUGCUAUUUUUCCCUCGUCCAGAAUGACAGAUGAAGACAAAAUUAACUUAAGGACCUUGCAUCGCCUCUUGAUACUAUUGUCAAGGAUUGAAGACACAAACUCCAACAGGGAAGUUAGAGUUGGCCCACAGAAGAAUGAAGAAACAAACUUGGAGGACGUGUCAUUAGUGUUGAAUCAACUUGCUGUUCAAGACAUUCUACCUAUCCUUUCUUUCAUCUCUGAGCUCCCUCCAGAAUCACAGCAACAGCUACUGAAUCUACCGGCCGAUCUGUCUGGACGGUUAAUCUCCCGUGUUGCUGCGAGGACUAUCAGAAGGAUGGUUUUGUGAGAAUCAAAUGAGAAUUUUCCGAGAGCUGGUUCUCGGAUCCAACUUAUUUUUGUUCUUUCUGGCCAAUUCAUAUGUAAAAAGGAUUUUGUACAGUGUUUUCCUCUUCGGAAUACUUUUCUCGGUUCAUUUUCUAUCUGAUUUAACUCUUGUGGGAAGCAAGAGUAUAAUACAAGAGAAGUCAUUAUUACAAACGUACAAACACACAUACACACAUAUACAUUGAGUCACUUUGAUGAUCGUAUUUUCAUUGUGACUCGGGAAAGUUUGGAAAUGAUCCGGAAAGGUGAUGAUAAAUAAAUUUCAAUUGCUC